UUUUUGAUUCGACGGUUAAAACUGAAAAAAAAGAAAAAAAAUCAGCGGCGGUUGGCAUCCACGCGUCAGUCCUGCCUGAGCGCGUGACUCUGCGUCAUGUGACGAGCUCUGUUUUUGUUGCCUCCUGGCAGCGACACAGAGGGCAACAAAAAAGUGUAGAAAACCUCAAUUAAACCAUUAGGAACGAUGGAUUUUUAAAUAACGGGCUCCAUGAAGAUUUGACUUAAUUUCACGCCACUGUUACUUGUUAUGGUGCGGCUUUUUUGAACGCUACGUCCAAUGAAUCCUCCUUUGUGAAGUGCCAGAGAGCACCAGUCAUUUGUUGAACUUGGCUCUGCACUGAAGAUGAAUGCUCUGGUGGCUCUCUGUCACUUCUGUGAGCUCCAUGGCCCCCGGACCCUGUUCUGUACUGAAGCACUACACCCUCCAUCUCCAUCCCCUUCAUCCCAGGCAGGUGCCCCAGUACCAGGAGACCGAGAUGGAGACCGUGACGGUGAAGGGCUCACCAUGAAGGCCAACAGCUCGGCUACACAGAAAGAAAUGUGUGAGGGUUGUCGAUCCUUGCCUGCAUCUCACCCAGGCUUUGUGAGCAUUGAUGAUGAAACGGGCAUCCGCUUCCUGAGUCACCAACACCCCAGACAACCACAGCUUUUCAGCGUGGUUCGACAGGCUUGCGUACGCAGUCUCAGCUGUGAGGUGUGUCCCGGGCGUGAAGGGCCCAUUUUUUUUGGAGAUGAGCAACAUGGAUUUGUGUUCUCGCACACCUUUUUUAUCAAAGACAGCCUGGCCAGAGGCUUCCAGCGCUGGUACAGUAUUGUUAUGGUCGCCAUGGACAGAAUCUACCUUAUCAACUCCUGGCCUUUCCUUUUGCGUCACCUCAAGCUUACUAUACAAAGCCUGCAGAGCACAGCUCUAAAGGUGUUUGACAGUGAACAGGGAAUCUGUCCCCAGCGAGCUGUGAGGAUGAACAGUGCAUUUUCACCUGCAGUUUUUCCACACCAACGGAGUGGCAAUGCAGCUCGAUCGCUGACUUCUCUCACCCAGCAUCCUAAUCUCUGGGCCAGCCUGCAUUCCUCCUUUAGUUGGCUGCUUAAGGCUUGUGGUAGCCGUCUGACGGAGAAGCUACUGGAAGGAGCUCCCACCGAGGAUACACUGGUGCUCAUAGAGAGACAAACAGAGCAAGAAGAGGAAAUGAGCUGCUGGGAGGGAGCAGAAGGAGGCGUUUCAAAGAGGCACCAUUCGGAGAGCAAGCUGACCCACAACUUCCUGAGCGACGAUGCAAAACUGGAUGAAUUGCCUGGUCCAAAAUUUAGGUCACUGAGGCAUUUGAGACAGGUCCUUGGGGCUACUGAUUUUCGACAACUAGCCUGGCACGUGCUCAUGGGAAAUCAGGUCAUAUGGAGAGGUGCAGACCCACUUCUCAUCCAGUCAGCUUUUACAAUGCUCAAGUCUUUGCUCCCAGUAGGCUGUGUGCGCUCUGUGCCGUACAGUUCUCAGUACGAGGAGGCCUACAAAUGCAACUUUCUGGGUCUCAGCCCCGAUGUGCCUAUUCCAGCCCACGUCAGCUCCUCAGAGUUCACAAUGCUCGUGGAUGUCACCUCAGAGAGAAGCUGUCACAUCCCUGCUGUAGGAGAAGACGAUAUCAGCUCACUUUAUCAGUUCACCAUCAGCAGUGCCAACGCACAACCUAUAGACAGGGGUCCAACAUUACUGAACAAGCUGGAGGUGGCUCUGUCUAAUGAGAACUUGUCAGUAGAUGUUGUGUCUCACUGCCUGCUGUGCUUGAAGGAGGAGUGGAUGAAUAAAGUCAAAGUGUUGUUCAAGUUCUCCAAAGUGGACGGUCGGGGAAGGGAGGACACCCAGAAGGUUCUGGCGCUGCUCGGUGCUACGGGCCCCGGCGAGGAAGACAAUGUCAGGCUGCUCAAAUACUGGAUGACUGGACUCAGCAAAACAUACAAGAGCCAUUUAAUGACAGCAGUCCGAGGAGGGGAGAGGAGCCCCAGCCAGUGACAAAGAAGAGGAGGAGGAGAUUAGGAUAAAGAAAGGGGAGCUGAAAUGAGGGGGAAUGCCAUAGAGACAGCAUUCUCCUUCUUUUUUUUUUCUUUUUUUUUGUUUUGUGUUUUUUAACCAAGAGUUUCGUCAUUUAAUGUGGAAUGAAGGAGGGCUGUGAAUGGAUGACAGAAAGGGUUUUGCUCAUUCGUUAUGUUCAUUUUCAGAAACUGUAUCUAACCGUGAUUAUUGUCUUGCUCACUAAACCAAUAGAAUCAGUUUGGCUAAUGCAUGAGGGCUUUUAUUCGUCAAAGGGAACUCUUGUAGAAGACCUUUUCAUACAGAUAUGUAAAGCUUAACUUAUUACAAAAAGAAUUUGCACUUUGUUUACUCCUGCUGAUGUUUUAAAAUAAAAUCAAAGUAAGUGAA